UAAAUAACUGCAACUCUUCCGUAACCAUAAUCUCCGCCGUUAAACUCACCGUCUUUUCGUUUAAUUUUAAUUAAUUAACUAAUUAAUUAAUUAAUGCUUCCAAAUAAAUAAUAACAAUAAAAAAAAUAAGAGUCCGUUACUCUGUUAUAACUUCCCUAUCUUCCCCACACCCACUUCAAAACAAAAACAAACGCGCCUCUAACCACCACAGUCGUUGUGUCAUCGUGCGGUUUUACGGUUCACACCCAACAGCCUCUUCUUCCUCCUCCUUCAUCAUCCUCUCUCGUGUAUUAAAACCCUUGUUCAACUUCCCACAUUCACACACACACACAAUCCUUUUUUCUAUUUCUAUUUUCUCUCGAUUCUUGAUUUUUCAUGGCUUCUUUUAAUUCCGGUGACCGGAUCAAAGGCUCUUGGAGCCCCCAAGAAGAUGCUAAUCUAAUCAAGCUUGUUCAGCAGCAUGGACCUAGAAAUUGGUCCCUCAUUAGCACUGGUAUCCCUGGUCGUUCUGGAAAAUCUUGCAGGCUUCGCUGGUGUAACCAGCUCUCCCCGGAGGUUCAGCAUCGCCCUUUUACUCCGGCUGAGGAUGCUAUUAUUGUUCAGGCUCAUACCGUUCAUGGUAAUAAAUGGGCCACCAUUGCUAGACUUUUGCCUGGUCGUACUGAUAAUGCCAUCAAAAAUCAUUGGAACUCAACUUUACGUCGUAAACGCGCUGCCGAUUUGUCUUCCGCUUCGUCUGAGUCAAACUCGGUGAUUAAACGCCCGUGUGUGGAUGUUUCGACUGAGUCGGGAUCGGGGUCUGAUUCUGGAAUUAAGAGGCAAUAUUUGGGUGCAUCUCCAGAGCAUAGUAGUUUUAAUAGGGAUGCGGGGAUUGUGGGGCCUGAGACUUCGUUGACUUUAUCUCCGCCAGGGGAUGGGUUUGUUACAGUGGCGACGGUGGGAGAGAAGGUGGAGGAAGAUGGCGGAGAGGAGAGUGGUGAGGAGGGGAGGGAGGAUAAAUGUGGGGUGCAGAUAGAGGAGACUUGUUUGUUGACCAUCAUGCAAAGGAUGAUAGCAGCAGAGGUUAGGAGUUACAUUGAUAGACUAAGGGCUGAAGAUGGGCUAUAUGGGCCUGCUGCCAGAAAGGAUCUCUGAAGUCAUAAAAAGAUUUCCACUCUUUUGGGUUAUUUUAAAUGUGUUUAGUGGUUAAUUAUGAGAUAAAAUUAAAAAAAAAUUGUUUU